GAAGCCCGAGUCCCUCCCGGCCGAGCUGCGCCGCCCGCGGGGCCAUGAGCCUGGAGGCGCUGCGCUACCGCCGCGGCUCGCUGCGCGUCCUCAACCAGCUGCUGCUGCCCCAGCGGAGCCGCUACGAGGAGAUCGGCAGCGUGCGCCAGGGCUGGGAGGCCAUCCGGGCCAUGCAGGUGCGGGGCGCCCCUGCCAUUGCCAUCGUGGGGUGCCUGAGCCUGGCGGUGGAGCUGCACGGUGGGGCCGGCAUGGGGCAGGGCAAGGCCGGCCUGGAGACCUUCAUCCAUGACUCCCUCCGCUACCUGGUGACUGCGCGCCCCACGGCGGUGAACAUGGCGCGGGCGGCCGAGGAGCUGGGGGCUUUCGCUUCCCAGGAGGCCCAGCGUGAGGAGGCCACAGCCGAGAGCCUGCGGGAGAGCGUCAUCCAGUGGGCAGAGGCCAUGCUAGAGAAGGAUCUGCGGGACAACAGGAGCAUCGGGGAGCACGGGGCGCGCCACCUGCUCCAGGCGUCACCGCAGGACAAGGUGACGGUGCUGACCCACUGCAACACCGGCUCCCUGGCCACCGCCGGCUAUGGCACCGCACUGGGUGUCAUCCGCUCUUUGCACGCCCUGGGUUGUCUGGAGCACGUCUACUGCACGGAGACGCGGCCGUACAACCAGGGGGCGCGGCUGACGGCCUACGAGCUGGUAUACGAGCACAUCCCGGCCACGCUCAUUGCGGAUAGCAUGGUCUCUGUGGCCAUGAAGGAGAAGGGCGUGUCGGCUGUCAUUGUGGGAGCCGACCGGGUGGUGGCCAACGGCGACACCGCCAACAAAGUGGGCACCUACCAGGUGGCCAUCGCUGCAAAGCAUCAUGGGAUCCCCUUCUACGUGGCGGCCCCUAGCACCUCAUGUGACCUGAGCUUGGCAGAAGGGGCUGAAAUCGUGAUUGAGGAGCGGCCGAGCCAGGAGCUGACGGACGUCAAUGGAGUGAGGAUCGCAGCGCCAGGGAUUGGUGUUUGGAACCCGGCCUUCGACGUCACGCCGCACGAGCUCAUCACUGGGGGCAUCAUCACGGAGCUUGGUGUCUUCCGCCCUGAAGAGCUCCGAGAGGCCCUCACCCGGGCAGAGAAAGGAGAGUGAACCCCUCGGGCCAAUAACUGCCCUGACUCGGGCGGCGAGGGGGUGGAGAGAGACCCGGCUUUCCCUCCGCAGAGAGCAAGACUGUGGGUGGGGGUAAUACACCCCCUGCCUGGCUCUGUUUUACAUGGUGUUAAUAAAUCCCCAUCGCCUUUGACGACCACCACCACUUGUCCGCGUGGGCUGAUGCCUGUAGCUGUCUAAAUUAGCAGGGCUUUAAUGAGCUGGGUGUCCUCUACUGGAUGGAGUCUGACUACCCCCUCCCUCCCUGUGUAUCAUAGCCCCUCUACUGCCCCAGGAGAUUCUCCCUUUGCUCCCGGGGCUGGGCUUUGUGCUCACUGGAUGUUCUGAAUGGCAGCAGGGCCUGGCAGAACCUGCCCCAGCGGCUCCUCCUGACUCACUGAUACCAGAGCAAACGGGGGGCAGAGGGAGCUUCCCCAGGAGGCCCCGGGUGCCCUCAGAGCUUUGCAGGGGGGGAAUAAGGGUAUCUGGAAUUGGGUGGGGUGAUCUCACUGCCCCCCAGGGUGUUCUGUAUCCCGGCAUGCACUGGGGUUAGUGUCCU